AUGAUCGACGCUUCAGCCGAGCUUCCAUCUAUCGCAAAGCUACAAUACUUACUGUCAUCGUUGAAGGGGGACGCGGCGGUACCCUUCGAGCAUACACCUUUAACGGCAGACAACUAUUCGGUUACCUGGACGGCGCUUCUUAAACGGUACGACAAUUCUCGUCUUUUGAUUCGCGAAUACUAUCGCAAAUUGCACUACCUUACGGGAGUGCAAUUGGUGUGCGUUGAUAAGCUCACGCACCUGGUGGAUGAAUUCAACCGCUUCGUCAACGGGUUGAAAAAGCUGAAUGAACCGGUUGAUUCGUGGGAUACACCCCUCUCAAACAUGCUGCUGAUGAAGUUGGAUCGAGAGACAUUGUUGGCUUGGGAGAAACAUUCCGUGCACUUCACGACGGACAAAUAUAAGGAUGUGAUCGAUUUCGUGCAAGAUCGUAUCCAAAUCUUGAAAUCGACCAACAACGUCGUGAAGGAUCAAGCAGCUAGUGGUAUCAAGGUGGCCGGUCUCAUUCGUCAACCAGGGCAACGGAGAUUCAUCGCGAAUGCAGCUACAUCUCGCUCGGCUCCUGCUGCAUCGACUGCGCACACCCAACAGCCAAAGUGUCCAUUGGAGUGUUCCGAAGACCACACACUGCGCAACUGUCCAGUGUUCAUCGCCAAGGAGGUCCAACAGCAACGGGUCGUCGUCGCAUCGAAGCGACUGUGCUGGAACUGUUUGAGCAGCAAUCAUCAGGUUAGAGCGUGCAAGUCGGAUUAUUCGUGUCGCUCGUGUCGUGUGCGUCAUCAUACUCUUCUACACCAUUCACCACCCCAUGCUCCACCCGCAACGGUAACAUUGGUUUUGUUGGAUUCGGGAUCCAUGUCAAAUUUCAUCGCUGAGGAGUUCGCACGGAAACUGCUGACGAGUCGCAAAAGGGUCAACGUCGCUGUAUCGGGCAUCGGCAAUGCACUACAGCAGAUCAAGGGUUCCAUCGUCGCUACCGUUCAGUCCAAGACACAACCCUUCGCAACGGAGAUGACUUUCUUGGUUCUGGACACGCCAUCCGCAAACAUCCCUACAUCACCAACGGACGUCUCUUCAUGGAAAAUGCCGGACGUGGCAUUGGCGGACAGCACCUUUAACAGUCCGGGGCAAAUCGACAUCUUCAUCGGAGGCGAUACGUUCUGGGAGCUCCACACCGGUCGCAAGCGCUCUAUCGGUAGAGGCAAACCGUGGCUGGUCGAAACCCAUUUUGGUUGGGUUGUCACCGGCAACACUCAUCAUUGGUCCAUCGGUCCGCGACUGUGCCAUCUAUCUGCAUACGACACUCCACUGGAGGAGACCAUGCAGCGGUUCUGGGAGAGUGAAACCAUAGCCGAGGAUCCUGUGCUAUCGGUUGAGGAGAAUUCUUGCGAGAAGCAUUUCGCAGCAACAACUGUUCGCAACUCAUGUGGAAGGUAUGUCGUUAGUUUGCCAUUUAACUCCAACCCUAAUAUCGUUUUAGGAGAGUCGAAGGAAAUAGCCGGCAGACUGCGUUGUAUCGAACGGCGGUUGAACAGCAAUGCUAAAAUGAAAGAAGAGUAUGUGAAAUUUAUGAAAGAAUAUGAGCAUUUGGGGCAUAUGAAGCGGCUUACCAGUCCUGCAAACGAUUCGGUAGAGCAUUACUACCUCCUACAUCACGCUGUCAUUAAGGAAUCAAGCACAACCACGAAGGUGCGUGUCGUGUUCGAUGCGUCCUGUAAGACUUCGAGUGGUUACUCAUUGAACGACAAACUCUUAGUGGGACCAGUCGUUCAAGAAGAUCUUUUAUCGAUUAUCCUUCGGUUUCGUUCUCGUGCCAUUGCUCUCACUGCAGACGUAGAGAAGAUGUAUCGGCAAAUUUUACAUAGCCCUCAUGACCGUAACUAUCUGCGCAUCCGGUACAGAGAACAUCCUGCAGAUCCUAUAUCGACAUUUGAGCUACAGACGGUUACGUACGGCACAGCCUCUGCUCCAUUUUUAGCAACCAGGACCCUAAAACAGAUUGCUCUUGACCACAAGGAAGAGUAUCCUUUGGCAAUGAACGCGGUCAUGAACGAUUUUUACGUAGAUGAUUUGCUAACGGACGAACUCAAGGCGGCAGAACUCAAGUUGUGUUAUCUUUCGCAACAAGACACCUUUUCCGAGGAGAUACAACACCUGCAGAAGGGCAAAGAGAUUCCGAAGAACUCCAAAUUAAAAUGGAUUUCCCCUUUCAUAGAUACGCAAGGUAUUCUGCGCAUUGGUGGCCGGCUCAGUAACGCACAUCUGUCGGAAUCAGAAAAACACCCGGGAGCGGCACAUGAGCUGAAUCGCGUCUACAAGAUGCUAAAGAGCGACGAACACGAUCGAGCUGCUAUAUUUGAUUGGUGCGCGAUGAAUCAGAUGAAGUGGAAGUUUAUCCCACCAAGAGCACCACAUUUUGGAGGUUUAUGGGAGGCGGCGGUGAAGGCAGCUAAAAAUCAUAUAGUCAGAACAAUAGGAACAACAAGCAUCACACAGGAGAGCAUGCUUACCCUACUUGCCCAGGUAGAGCAAUGUUUGAAUUCGCGACCAAUUACACCUCUAUCCGAUGAGCCGUCGGACUUGGAACCAUUGACACCGGGACACUUCCUCGUCGGUGGCAAUCUGCAAGCGGUACCAAUCAUCGAUUACACCGAGACACCGAGCACCUAUUUGAGGGAAUACCAGUUGGUACAAAAACAUCUGCAAACCAUUUGGGCUCGAUGGUAUCCGGAGUACCUGCAGCAGUUACAAGCUCGAGCCAAAUAUUGCAACGGGAAAUCAGCGGUUCUGAAAGAAAAAUCAACUGGUGAUUAUUAA